UUCUUAUACAACGGUCGCGUUUUUUUCUUCGUAAUCUCUACCACAUGAAUCACUCGACCACAUUAUAUAUUUAAUUGGGAGGGCGAGUAAGUCCAUAGUCUUCUCUGUCUCUCUUCCAUGGCCACUUCCAGGGUUUGGAUCUCGGCGGCGUGCCUUGCCCUCCUCGUCUUCCCCUCCCUCCUCUCGCCUGCCCUAGCGGAGGAGGAAGAGGAGGCGGCAGCGGCGGCUGAGGCCGAGCCCUCGUUCGUCCUCACCCUUGACCACUCCAACUUCUACGACACCGUCGCCAAACACCCCUUCAUCGUCGUCGAGUUCUACGCCCCAUGGUGUGGUCAUUGUAAGAGGCUCGCUCCUGAGUAUGAGAAGGCCGCAUCAGUAUUGAGUAAAAAUGAUCCUCCAGUUGUUUUAGCUAAGGUUGAUGCAAACGAAGAUGUAAACAAAGAACUUGCAUCAAAAUAUGAAGUCAAGGGCUUCCCUACACUCAAGAUUUUCAGGAAUGGAGGGGAUAUCAUCCAAGAGUAUAAAGGUCCUCGGGAGGCUGAUGGAAUAAUUGAAUACUUGAAGAAACAAGCUGGUCCUGCAUCCGCUGUAAUUAAAUCCUCAGAGGAUGCUAGUAACCUAAUUGUUGAUAAGAUCUUUAUUGUUGGUAUAUUUCAAGAAUUUUCUGGGGAAGAAUUUGAAAAUUACAUCAAGGUUGCUGAGAAGUUAAGGUCAGAAUAUGAUUUUGGUCAUACGUCAGAGGCCAAACUACUUCCACGUGGGGAUCCAACAGUAAAACUACCAGUAGUUAGGCUGUUUAAGCCAUUUGAUGAACUUUUUGUUGAUUUUAAGGAUUUUGAUGUUGAUGCUCUGGAGAAGCUUAUCGAAUCUGCAAGUAUCCCGGUUGUCGCUACUUUUGACAAGGAUCCAAGCAAUCACCCUUUCCUUAUAAAGUUCUUUAACAGUCCUAAUAGCAAAGCUAUGCUUUUUAUGAACUUCAGUGGUGAAAAUUUUGAUGCAUUCAAGUCUAAGUUACAUGAGACUGCUGAGAAUUGCAAGGGGAAAAACAUAAACUUCUUAAUUGGUGACCUUGAUGCCAGUCAAGGUGCCUUCCAGUAUUUCGGCCUAAAGGAAGAACAGGUGCCUCUCAUUAUCAUUCAAGAAAAUGAUGGCAAGAAGUAUCUUCAACCAAAAGUCAGCCCUGAUCAGAUUGCUACAUGGGUGAAGGACUACAUAGAUGGUAACUUAAAGCCUUACAGAAAAUCAGAGCCAAUACCUGAAGUUAACAAUGAGCCUGUCAAAAUUGUGGUGGCUGAUACUCUCCAAGAAGUAGUUUUUGGCUCUGGAAAGAAUGUUCUGCUUGAAUUUUAUGCACCUUGGUGUGGGCAUUGCAAGAAAUUAGCACCUAUUUUAGAUGAAGUGGCCAUCUCAUUUGAAAAUAAUGCAGAUGUGAUCAUUGCAAAGAUGGACGCAACAGCAAACGAUGUUACAAAUGAAUUUGAUGUUCAGGGUUACCCAACACUCUACUUUUCAUCUGCAAGUGGCAAGCUUUCACAGUAUGAUGGAGACAGGACAGCAGAGGCUAUCAUUAACUUUGUGAAAACAAAUAGUGAUGCAACCAGUCAGCCUGACUCACCUCAUUCUGCAAAAGAUGAACUUUAAUCACGGAGUCAUCUUGUUAGCCGUAGAGGGAGAGGAAGACAACUGUUUCAUGGAGCUACAAGAUCAGCAGAAACUAUGCUACUAUGCCUUAAUCCAAAUAGCCUAGUAAUAAAAGGCAUUUCUUUAUGCCUGAUUUUGGGUUUUAUGGCAGUAAGUAUGGUUAGAGAACUGUUCUAUAUUUAGAGGAUGAUGUAAUUUCAUGUUUUAUGGCAGUAAGCAUCAAACUUGUUGAGAAUUUCUCGUCGCUUAACUUACCAAUCUAUCAUUUUGCUGACA